AUGUCGCCCAGAAACUCAGAGAUCGAAGUGGGAGAUAUCGACAAGUCUCACAGCGACAAUGUCGAAAUUGUCGCCAAUGCCGAUAGGCCCAACCCUCAGAAAGAAGCUCCGGCCUACGUUGCCAACCUGACGCCCGAAGAACGCGCGAAAGCCGAGAAAGCUCUCGUCCGAAAGAUCGACCUGCGUCUACUACCCAUGAUCAUCAUCAUGUAUAUUCUCAAUUAUUUGGAUCGCAAUAACAUCGCUUCUGCUAGACUAGCAGGCCUCGAGGAAGACCUAGGUCUUGUGGGCAAUCAGUUUGCGACCUGCGUCAGCAUAUUGUUCGUCGGUUAUCUGUUGAUGCAGAUCCCAUCCAACCUGAUGUUAAACAAAUUCGGCAAGCCAGCCCUCUACCUCCCUAUUGCGAUGAUUCUCUGGGGUAUCAUUUCCACCGCUACAGCCGCUGCUCAAAGCUACGCCAGUCUCGUGGUCAUCCGCUUCUUCCUAGGUUUCGUCGAGGCUGCCUACUUCCCAGGAUGCUUGUACUUCCUGAGUGUUUGGUACACCCGUAAGGAGCUGGGUUUCCGCACGGCGGCGCUGUACUCUGGGUCCUUGCUCUCGGGUGCUUUCUCGGGUCUGAUCGCAGCAGGCAUUACUAGAAACAUGGACAACGUGCUAGGCCUGCGCGCUUGGCGAUGGUUAUUCAUCAUCGAAGGUGCCGUCACUAUUGCGGUUGCUUUUAUCGCAAUCUUCGUUCUCCCCAACUUCCCUCGCACAACUAGCUGGCUUUCGGAGGAAGAGAAGCAACUGGCCGUGUGGCGUCUAGAAGAAGACAUCGGCGAAGAUGACUGGGUCGACAGCGAGCAGCAGACCUUCCUGCACGGAGCCAAGCUCGCCUUUGCAGACAUCAAGACCUGGGUCCUGAUGCUCAUGAUCCUCUGUAUUGUCUCCUCGGCCUCAGUCACCAACUUCUUCCCGACAGUCGUCAAAACACUCAAAUACGGCAACAUCGAGACUCUACUCCUGACAGCCCCACCCUACUGCCUAGCCGUUAUCUGCGCCUUUGCCAACGCAUGGCAUGCAGACCGCACGGGGGAGCGGUACUUCCACGUCACCGCACCGCUAUACAUUUCCGUCGUGGCAUUCAUCAUUGCUGCUACUACCACAGCUACUGCACCCCGCUAUGUGGCAAUGAUGCUCAUGGUGCCGUCGUUCUACUCGGGCUAUGUUGUCGCUCUCGGCUGGAUCUCAAAUACCCUGCCUCGUCCGGCUGCGAAGCGUGCCGCUGCUCUGGCUGCUAUUAAUUGUGUUAGCAAUGCCAGCAGUAUAUAUGCUAGCUAUAUGUAUCCUAAUUCUCAUGCUCCAAGAUUUGUGCCUGCCAUGGCUGUCAACUGCGCAACGGCUUUCAUCGCCAUUGUCGCUGCAACGGUACUCCGAUUUAUGCUCGUACGCCUCAAUAAGAAGCUUGAUCGCGGUGAGGAGGUCGAGGGUGCUGUUCCUGGCGAAGGAAGCCGUCGUGGUUUCCGCUUCUUGGUUUAA